UGUGCUGUGUGUGUCCAGGCUAGCGAUGUUGGCGGUGCUACCGGGCCUCUACCUGGGUGACCGCGCCAGCGCGUUGGACGCAGCGAGCCUCUGGCGCAGCGGAGUCACCCACGUGCUCACGGUCGACUCACAGCCCCUGCCGUGGGAUGGUGGCGAUGGUGGUGAAGGUGGUGGUGGUGGUGAAGAUGAACACGGUGGAGGCAGUGGAGGUGGUGGAGGUGGUGGUGGAGGUGGUGGAGGUAGUGAAGGCGGUGUAGGAAGUGCGCUUGGUGGAGGUGGUGGUGGAGGUGGUGGUGGAGAUGGUGGUGUAGGAAGUGCGCUUGGUGGAGGUGGUGGUGGAGGUGGUGGAGGUAGUGAAGGCGGUGUAGGAAGUGCGCUUGGUGGAGGUGGUGGUGGAGGUGGUGGUGGAGAUGGUGGUGUAGGAAGUGCGCUGGGUGGAGGUGGUGGUGGAGGUGGUGGCGGUGGAGGUGGUGUUGGCGGUGAAGAUGGUGGAGGUGGUGGUGAAGGUGGUGUAGGAAGUGCCCUUGGUGGAGGUGGUGGAGGUGGUGGAGGUGGUGGAGGUGGUGCAGGUGGUGGUGGCGGUGGAGGUGGUGUAGGAAGUGCCCUUGGUGGAGGUGGUGGUGGUGAAGGCGGUGAAGAUGGAGGUGGUGGUGGCGGUGGUGGCGUUGGAGGUGGUGUUGGUGGUGGUGGUGGCGGUGGAGGUGUUGGCGGUGGUGGUGGCGGUGAAGAUGGAGGUGGUGGUGAUGGUGGCGGUGACAUCAACCCGAGUGCCUCACGGUGCCAGCGUCCGCUGGUGAGGUUCUGUGCGACUGAAGACAGCGCCAGCUGGGACCUGCUGCCCGCGCUCGACCCCUGCCUCGACUUCGUCCGCGCCGGCAUGCACGCCGGGGCCGUGCUCGUGCACUGCCACGCCGGAGUGAGCCGGAGUGCCGCCGUGGUGACGGCCUUCCUCAUGGCGGAUCUCCGUCUGUCCUUCGACGAGGCCUACACUCGCCUACGCAGCCUCAAGCCCAGCGUCAGCGUCAACGCGGGUUUCCAGCGGCAGCUGCGGCUCUACGGGGACGCGGGCUGCUGCCUGCAGGGCGACAGCGCCGCACGGCGCCGCUACGAACUCCAGCGGGUGACUCGCGGCGCCACCGGCCUGGUCCUUCCCCCGGCGGUCUUCGUCGAUGACCCUCAACUCGCCGGCGCUGCUGCUGCUGCUGCUGCCGGCACCGGCACGGACGGCGCCGCUGCUGCUGCUGCCGCUGUGCUCUACCGGUGCCGUCGGUGCCGGCGCUGCCUAUUCCGUGGCUCCAGCGUUCUGGCUCACGAGCCAGGCGACUCAUCCUCCUUCUCCUCCACCUCCUCCUCCACCUUCCCCACCGGCCCCACCGGUCCCAGCGGCCUCACCGGUCCCAGCGGCCUCACCGCUCCCAGCGGCCUCACCGCUCCCAGCGGCCUCACCGCUCCUAGCGGCCUCACCGGUCCCAGCGGCCGCGUGCCCGGGGCCUGCACGUCGCUCUUCGUGGAGCCGAUCCGCUGGAUGGAGGCGGCCCUCGUGGGUGUCUUGGAAGCGCCGCUGCAGUGCCCCAAGUGUGUGUGCAAGGUGGGUUCCUUCAGCUGGAGAGGGGAGCGCUGCUCCUGUGGACAGUGGGUGACGCCCUCGUUCCAGAUCCACCGCUCUCGCGUCGACGAGGUGCCACUGGCAACGUUGUGUCCAAGAGCGGUUCGCGAUGUCUGACGGAGAAAGACGAGGCGGUGACACCCACACGAAGAAGGGGACGGUGGGAGACCUGGUCACUCACUCACCCACUCACUCACCCACCCACUCACCCACCCACCCACUGACCCAUUCACCCACCCACCCACUGACCCAUUCACCCACCCACUCACCCACCCACUCACCCACUCAUUCACCCACUCACCCACCCACUCACCCACCCACCCACUCACCCACCCACUCACCCACCCACUCACCCACUCAUUCACCCACUCACCCACCCACUCACCCACCCACCCA